AUGGAAGUCAGCAACAUAACUACAGUCACUGCGUUUGUUCUCUUAGGACUAUCCAACAACCCUCAAAUCCAGGUACUCCUCUUUGUUCUGUUCCUGAUGAUUUACCUCUUGACCCUCUUGGGGAACCUGCUGAUGCUGCUGGUGAUCAGUACUGAUUCCCACCUCCACACGCCCAUGUACUUCUUCCUGAGACACCUCUCCUUCCUGGAUGCUUUCUAUUCCUCCAUCAUUGUGCCUAAACUGCUAGAGAACCUUCUCUCUAAGUGGAAGACUACAACCCUCCUUGAGUGUUUCACACAAAUCUCCCUGGUCAUAUUCUCUGGAGCCACUGAAGCUUGCCUCCUUUCGGUCAUGGCGUAUGACCGGUUUCAGGCUGUGUGCCACCCACUGAUGUAUACGGUGGCUAUGAGCAAGAGGGUAUGUUCUGCCCUGGUGGGGGCGUCCUGGGUUAUAGGAAUGGGGACUGGUCUCAUUAACACCCUCCUUCUGGCUCAGCAGCAGUUCUGUGGCCCCAACCUCAUUCGCAGUUUUGCCUGUGAGCUUCCUCCAGUGCUCUUGUUGGCCUGUUCUGACCCCUUCAUUAGCCUCACCUCCAUCCUGACCACCAUGGUGGUGCUGGGGCUUGGCACUCUUGUCCUAUUGCUGGGUUCCUAUAGCCGUAUCAUCGUGACAGCCCUGAGGAUCAGUUCUGCCACGGGUCGGAGCAAGAUCUUCUCCACCUGCUCUUCUCAUUUCCUUGUGAUCUCCAUCUUUUACGGUUCAGGAGUUUACAGGUACAUGACUCCAGCAUCUGGCUCAGCCCUGGAGCAAGUCCUCUCCGUGCAGUACAGUGUGGUGACCCCGCUGCUAAACCCCCUCAUCUACAGUCUGAAAAACCAGGAGGUAAAGGCUGCUCUAAGGAGAAUGCUGGCCAAGAAGUCCAGGCUUACCAUGUAA